AGGAGUGGAGGAGCAGGUGGGUGUUUCUCUCACUGAGCAAAACAAGCUUCUGCUGGAGGAGGAGGAGCUGCUGUCAGAAACAGCGAGGUUCAGCUCGCUCUGUGUUAUUAUCACUGAACAGGAGAUAACUACACUUAUCUGUGCUGAGUCGUGCUGUCGGCCGCUGAACUGAGCUCCUCUCCGCUACGAUGCUUCAGCUGAACGACACCGUGGAGCCCGAGAGCCCCGGCGCCGCAGUGCUGCACGCGGCCGAGGUGGAGGACGGGGUGGAGGUCGCCUUCACGCCGCCCGCGGGCCACCACAGCCUGGGCUUCGAGGUAGCGGCCGUGGCCUGCUGCUCCCCGCUCCAGAAACUCACGCCCUUCCACGUCCACAACCCCACGAUGCAGGCCAAGGUGAAGGACUACUUCGUGUUCAGGCCAGGAACUAUAGAGCAGGCAGUGAACGAUAUCCGCACAGUGGCGUUGCCUUCAGAAGAUGGAGAGGUUCUCAGUGUGUGGCUCCUGGCAGAAGUUGAUCACUGGAAUAACGAGAAGGAGAGGCUGGUGCUGAUAACAGAAAGGUCUUUGCUGGUUUGCAAAUACGACUUCAUAAACCUGCAGUGUCAACAAGUUAUCAGGAUUUCUUUAAAUGCUGUGGACACGAUUUCCAUUGGGGAUUUCGAGUUUCCUCCAAAAUCUCUCAACAAGAGAGAAGGAAGUGGUAUUCGUGUGCAGUGGGAUAAACGGCCGAGACCUUCUUUUCUCAAUCGCUGGAACCCCUGGUCCACAGACAUGCCAUAUGCCACCUUCACAGAGCACCCCAUGGCCCAUGCUGAUGAAAAGGUGGCUUCUCUCUGCCAGCUUGAGAACUUCAAAACUCAGCUAAUUCAGGCUGUGAAAAAGGCCCACAAGGAGUUCCCCAUCCCAGGCCGAGCCAACGGAGUGCUGCUGUUGGAGCGGCCCCUCCUGAUAGAGACAUAUCUUGGCAUCAUGUCCUUCAUCAACAACGAGGCCAAACUAGGCUACUCCAUGACCAGAGGCAAAAUCGGCUUCUAGUUCCGCCUGAGCGUCUGAUCUCUGACCACACCCACCUGGCAUCUCCACUGACUGGUACUGUUACACUCGAGUAGGUCAAACUAAGUGAACCCCCUUUUGUGCCGCUUGCCAGAUUUCAGUGUGGGUGCCCUCUCUCCACCCUGACAGUGUUCAUCACUGACUCACUCAGCAGCAUGUGCCUGGAAGCAUCCGAUGCCAACACAGACGCCCUUUUACUGGGUAAUGCCAUCUAGCUUUUUUUCCUAUGUGCCCCACUGUACCAAAUGUGUUUUUAUAAGAGUCUUCUGAAAGUGUGAUGAUGUGGGAUGAGCUGGCUAAAGGUGGAUGGACGGACGGACGGACGGACGACUAAGCUUUGUAGGUUGCACAGGUGGGAUCGGCCACUUUUAUCAGCAUGUUUGGUUAGCAGUUGAAGUAGUAUUGUUUACUUACUGUGUUACUCUGGAAAUAUUUACGUCUCCCAUAAGUUAUACAAAACAGAAAUCUGAAUACAACAUCAAGUUAAACAAGUUAAGAAUUAUUAGUAGCAGCACUAAACUUGAACUGUACUAUAAUUAUUAAUUUAUUUAUUAAUCAAAUGAAUCAAUUUUCAACUAUUGAAAUGCUGAUUUAAAACAGUAUAAAGAGUAUAAACAUUACAAGGCUGCUUCCCAAAAAGUAAAUGAAGAAUCUUGAUGAUCCUGAUGUUGCUAAAGCGGUUCGUUAAAAGUCUCUGCUGGACUGAAGCCUAAACUUUUUAGCAAAUGAACCAAUUGCACUAAUCAGAUAAUAAUAGCUUAUAUUUGUGCAGUAAAACAUCUGUUUUAAACAAUGUAUUCUGGAUAAAAAAGGCAAAUUGUGUGUUUAUAUCUAUGUAAAGCACCUUUAUAUUUUGUUGCAAUGAAUUCACCUUGGAGGUUUAAAAUAGGUUUGCUAAUAAAGUUGAAAUUGGCAAUUGUAGCCAAUCAGAUCAGAUCAUAGAAUUAAGUGAACAGUCCAAAAUGCAAGUAUAUGUCUUCGUAAAGGAUAUCUUACUCAAUUACACUGGUGAAAUUAUUCCAGUUCUGUGCUGCAAACAUUUUUGCAAAAAUAACUCAUUCAAGGUAUUUGAAUUUCCUCGUUAAAAAAAAAUUGUAAUCACAUUUUACUAGUAAAAAGUUCAAUUAAAGAGAUCUACAGUCGAAUUCGGAUUCUAUUAAUUCAGACAAUUUUUUUCGUAAUAUAAUCAAAACUUGAUCUGAAAGUAUAUUUCUGAAAUCUGAAAGUAUACUUAAGUCGAGGAAUAAACAUGCAUAUUAAACGAGUCAAAAUGAAACUACACAUAUCUUCCAUUGCUUAUGUACUAGUCUAAGUUUAUUUACAGAUAUGUGGAUUUGAACUUACUAGUCACAAAGUUCCCAACCAUUUAUUAUUAUUCCAUUUAUUUACAGUAAACUUAGAUUACCAAAUUUCUCCAGCACUAAGGCAUUAGCAGCGAAUAUCUUCAGCAGUGCUAGCCAGGGUUAGGAGCAGGCUACAGACCGAUUAUACGCCCCUCUGAACAUUGAAAUAGUAAGCGCAGUAAAAUGCUAAUGCAACUUCAGCCCCAGUGCUAAAGAACUAAACUCAAAAUCCUGAAAAACACUGCAAUUUAGUGGAGUGGCUUUACUGCUUCUUACAACCUGACUGAUAAAACUCAUAAAUAAGAUACACUGGAUUAAAGGCGCACUGACGAUUUUUGGGAAAAUUAAAGUAUUUUCAGUGCACCUUAUAGUGCGAAAAAUACGGUAUUUUCAUUCACACCAGUUAAAACUAGGUUUUGAUCCUUGUGAAUAAGGAGAGGCCAAAAUUCUAAAAAAUUAAAACAUUACUGUUGUAAAAACAAAAUAACUGAUAAUCUAAUAAAAACCUCAUUAAGAGUUUGCAGCAUUUGGCUUAAUACUGCACAGAAAUCUUUUUUUUUUUUUUUUUUUAUCGUUUUACAGCGUGUUUUGCGUCCUGCACAUGUGGAGAUGCCGUGUUAAGAGUUACGAGAAUUCCCAUUCAUAUUUCAACCAGUGGUCGCUCUCCUUUUUAAUUGUGUGGUGUUGGAGGCGACGUGCAUAAAUGUAUUUGGAGGUCUUCAGGGACAGAUUUUUAAUACACAGACAUUUAAAAAUAUGCGAACCGUCCGGAUGGCCAUAUUCCUGAUCCGAUCUGAGCAAAAAAUCUGAAUUGAUUAAUGAAGCUUGUAAUGUGUACGUAGCCAAAGUUUUCGGAGGAGAAUACGGGUUCUAACAAGUCUUUGCUUGUAUGCACUUUUUAUUUAUUCAUUCUUUUCUGUCUGCUCACGUUUCAAUGCAUAGUGACUCGUUUGUACCAAAGUUAUGUUAAUGGCACUGUUUUGUAGGUGCUCCCUACAAAAGUCAGUAUUUUUUUUGUGUGUGUGUGUGUGUGUGAGAGAGAAAUGUUAAAAUACAAUUGCAUGUUAUCUAUGCAUGCAGUUUCCUGUGAAUAAUCUGUUUCAUGUAUAUGGUAUUUGUACUCAUGGCCUCAGAUUACACAUUACAGCUUUUAAGCACAGUUUCUCUAGAAAUAAGACAUUAAGACAGUGAAAGACUAUUGUCAUUUAUCCAUUUUUUCUUUCUGUUUUUUAGAACCAAAAUUUUAUGUGCCAUUAUAUCACUGUUACAUUUUUCCAGUCUUAGAUUUAAAAAGGAUCUUAAACAGGCUGCAGAGUUGUGCUCUGACUUCCGUUGCCAUUACUGCUGAUAUAUCACUCCACUGGGUUUGUACUGUAACAAUGAUCAUGCCUAAAACUAUUAAAAACAACUAUGGUCUUUUA